AAAAGAAGUGACCCUUUUACGUGGGCCUACUUUUUUCUAUGUUUUUUUAUAUUUACAUUUUUAUAUUUGACUAGACCUCCGUUUUUAUAUAUACCUCCUUUGUUUCAUUUUAUUUAAACUGCGGAUUUGCGUUCUUGUGCGUGACCGUGCGUGCUUGUGCGUGCUUGUAGAGCUUUUCCACUGCAGUGGCCAUUUUCCACAAAACCUAACCUACUGUGUGGAGCUUAGCGCGGGCUUGCUUGGUGCUUACAACUCGACCAUCCACCAGAGACUGUACAACAGUCAGAAUGUCUGGCAACAGCCGCCAGCACUGGCCUCUGGGCGAGACCCAAGCGCUGCUUAACAUCUGGGCUGACGACAGUGUACAGAAGCAGAUGGAGGGCAUGUGUCGCAACGAGGAGGUCAUCCAGUAUAUAGUGAACGAGUUGUCCAAGAUGGGAAUACAGCGCACCACCAUACAGAUCAGGGAAAAGCUGAAAAAGUUGAGACAGCAGUAUAAGGCGGUCAAAAGGGAUGAAACAAAGACUUUUCCUUUCUUUGAAAUGAUGGACAGUGUGCUUGGGGACAAAGUAGGCCUACAUCUUUUGGAUGCAGAUCACACAGCAGACAAAUCAACUUCAACGGGGAGUGGAGUGUCUGCCCCUGCCAGUAUGAAAGGGACAAGGCUGCUUUCCAAAAUGAAAACUUCAGUGAAACCUGGCUUCCGCAAACGUAGGAGUGAGGGCGACGGCCCCACCCAGGGCUUUGUGGGCGUGAUGGCCGAGUGUCACCGGCGCUGGCUGGAGAAGGAGGAGGAGCUGAGGCGGGAGGAGAUGCAGCAGGAGGCCCAGCUGCGGAGGGAGGAGAUGGAGCAGGAGCUUGUGCUGCGGCGCGAGGAGGGCGAGCGCGAGGAGAGGCUGAGGCACGACGAGAUGGAGGCCAGGAGCAAGGACACCGAGUUGUUGACCUCCUGCCUGGCGCAGGUCAUGAAGCACAUGGCCAAGGAGCCGUCCGCUGGUCACUAGAACCCUUCAACCCCCCCCCCCCCAGGACUGAAACAAAAGGGAGGGCAUGAGUUGAAGCGGCUUCUGAUUGGUUAGGAAAUGGACCAAUGUGAGGUCAUCAAGAUUCAAGAUUCAAGAUGGUUUUAUUGUCAUAUGCACAACAAUUACAGAGCAGUCGCUGGCAAUGAAAUACUUUAGUCUUGGCGCCAUACAAUCAGAAUUGUCAAGUCAGUUGAACACGUACAAGGAAGUUGUCUGGGUGUUAGGUGCAUUACAGUAAACAACAUAAAAAUACGUCAGAAAGAAUUGAUGUAAAUGUAUUGUAGGAUAAGAAACAUCAAAAUACAUGUGAAACAUUUAUUAGAAGAAAGAACAGAAUUAAAGCUGUUCAGUUUGUGCAGGAAUGUGCGAAAUAUGGCCCAUGGAAUGUGUUAAUGUUAAAUGUAUAAAGUAUACAUGCCUUGCACAAAUGUCUAAUGUGCGAGGAAUAUAUUCCAGAGAACUGCGUUAAUGCGACACAUUGUGACAUGACUUUACGGCAAUGUGCUUUUUUUCAGCUCGUUCAGAAUUUUAGCAACGUUAAUAUUCAACCAUUGUGUUCAUGUAAACAUGGAAUAGUCAUGUUCUAGAACGUUUGGUACAAGUGGUGUCACAUACAGGUGAUUAAAUAUGCAUUUUAAUAUUUGUGAGUUUAUACUUGGAUGUAUUUUUGUCUUGACAAUUGACUAAAUGUGAAUGAGCAGUUAAGGGUUUUUUCAUACCAGGUGUUAAGUAAUGGCACAAACUGUUUAUUAAAAAUGUAAAGACGAAGAAUAACUGAAUAUAUCCGUCAAUGUAAAAUGUGAAAAGGAUGACAGCAAAUCCCAGAUCAAGUACUGUAUUGGCUUUCGUGGAACACCAACACGAUCAGAGGCAAUAUACUGAUGUGUGAAGUAAUCUGAGUCAUAUUAAAGAUGCUUUGAUUUCA